AUGUAGACUGCUUCUACAAAUAUUUGUGAAAGAACUGUGCAAGAAGUCCAUGCAUGAAAUGUCCUUGCUACUAAAUAUUCCAUUGUCAACUGUUAGUGGUAUUAUAACAAAGUGGAAGCAACUUGGAACAACUGCAACUCAGCCACGUAGUGGUAGGUCACUUAAAAUGACAGAGCGGGGUCAGCGCAUGCUGAAGCGCACAGUGCGCAGAGGUAGCCUACUGUCUGCAGAGUCAAUAGCUAAACACCUCCAAACUUCAUGUUGCCUGCAAAUUAGCACAACAAAAGUGCAUAGAGAGCUUCAUGGAAUGGGUUUCCAUGGCCGAGCAGCUGCAUCCAAG